UGUAUAAAUUCCCCAACAUGGUGCGUUGAUUUUAUUACUACUACUCUCUUCAGUUUUGUCUCGGAUAAAUACAAACACAAAUCCAAAGCCAAAUUAUCAUUAAAAGAUGGUGAGAGCUCCUUUCUAUGACAAAUAUGGAGUGAAGAAAGGUGCAUGGAGUAGAGAAGAGGAUCAAAGAUUAAUAGCUUUUGUUCAAAGAUAUGGUCAUUCUAAUUGGCGUCAGCUCCCAAAGUUUGCAGGUUUAGCAAGGUGUGGGAAAAGUUGCAGACUUCGCUGGUUGAAUUACUUGAGGCCAAAUCUAAAACAUGGGAACUACACCCAAGAGGAAGAAGAAUUAAUAAUCAAAUUACACCAAGAAUUAGGAAAUAGAUGGUCUUUGAUUGCUGAAAGACUUCCUGGAAGAACAGACAAUGAAAUAAAGAACCAUUGGCAUAGCCACCUCAAGAAGUUAUCAUCAAAACACAACAACAAUGAGAUCAAUCCAUCGUCUGAAUCUGAAUCUGAAUCAAAAUCAAACAACCCAAUUGAUGAUGAUAUUCUUGAAGGAAAACAUACCAAUCAGCCUAAAGAAUCUGUAAGGCCAAGUUAUGAUUAUGUUGAUAGUGCUAAUAAUAAUAAAUUCCAGCACCGUGUUCUAGAAAGUUCAUCAUCAACAGAAACUUCGUCAUAUACUGAUGAUGAAGUAGGUCACAGCUAUUAUUCUCUUAUUACUCCCAAUAAUGUUGAACAAUCAACAAUAAUGAAUAACUCUCCAACAUCAAGCGAAGAUUAUUGUGUGGUUCCAUCAGUAUCAUUUGAAGAAUUUGGUGGAGAUUUUUGGACUGAGCCAUUCAUAGUGGCAAAUAAUGAUGCAUAUGGUAAUGAUGAGAUAAUAAUAAGUGGUGAAGACGAUGUUGGGUUUCUUGUUCCAUACUUGUACGAGAGUGCAGAUUUUUGUUUUAACUUGUAGGAAAAUAAGAAUAAUGUAAUUGUAAUUGUAAGAGUAGUAGUAGUAGUAGUAAGAAAGAGAGUUUUCGAAGUGUUACUAUACCUGAAUGAUAUUAUUGAACUAUAUAUGAUAUCUCUCUGUUAUAUGCA